UUUGCCAAGAGACAUAUAACAACUUCUUUUUUCAUCGUGUAAAACUAUAUAAAGGCUGCAAUUCACAGUUGCACACCAUCUUAUGAUUGCAACGUAGAGGAAAACGGACAACUCAACUCAGAGGAACUUCACGUCUAAAUACAUUCUCUAAAUCAACAAGAUGCACUCUGUUCUUUCUACCGCAUUAAUUGUUGGAGUUUUGAUCGGUUACGUUGCUGCAGCAUGCUACAGAGAAGUCGGCUGUUCAAGCACAUGGGGCAAAGGAAGAACUUACAGAAUUGGACAAAGGUGGAAACCAAAAUCGGACCCAUGCUACGUCUGCAAGUGUGUGAAAGCAAAGAAAAUUGUGCUAAAGUGUCAAGUUGCAAUUGACGAACAUCCAAAAACUGUCAAAAAGAGCCUAUUAUCUGCACGUUUUGAAUCCAUGUCCGUGAAUGCCAAAAACGAAGAUAUAAAAAUUACAAGAAAAGAAGCAAAAACCAUAGAAUGUCCUCCAAUUCGUGCGCCGAUCUACAACUGGGCUACUGGUACUUUUGAACCAAUCACAUACAAGAAUGUCUACUAUUAUUACAUACGAAGAGUGUCAAGUUGCUGUAGCAGGUUUAUCGGCUACACAAGUGUCCACCCAGCCUGUAAAGUCGUCAAAAUCAGCAAGUGCAGAUCAAAAGCUGUCAGAAAAGAUAAUCCACAAGAAAGAUGCAAUCUUUCCAUGCGCUACGUCGGGUGAAAAUGGAUUGUGACGUUUUUCCAAAUGCGACGGGCAUUUAGUUUUUCAACAAGAAAACGUGCGUUUUAUUGAAGCAGGGUACAUGCAAAUGUUAUUUCUGCAAGAGCCUAAUGCAUUGUGGCAACGUGAAUCAAGGAAAGAAAUGUACAAGAGGUCAAAAAGCGAGGAAAUUGUCAUUCAGCGAUUUAAAAAUUAUUGAAUAAUUGUUUCUAUUAUUUUUAUUUUUAUGUUUUAAUAAAUGAGGGAAAAGAUAAUA